AUGUACCUUGAUAACAGGCCGACGUCGAUUUUCAAACAUACCAGUGGGUGGAACAUGUUUGCACCGCAGCCCCCUGGGACGCUGAGGCGGCCGCCUAUUGUCAAUGCCGGGGGCUCAUCAUCGUCAUCGCUGAACUCGAGAGAGCGACCGCCGCUGAGUUCGGGCUCUUCAUCCUCUUCGUUGGGUGGCCUGGAGCAACAAGUUCCUUCUUUCCAGAGCUUCAUCAAGCUGACGCCGUCCGUCGAUUCGGAUCAGAAUAAGCCUUUGCCACCGACACCUCUGGCGCCGAAGAGAUCUUUUGACUUCCCGAAUAACGCACUGGAUAGACGCACGUCAAGCGUGUAUAGUCGAACACCCAGCCAAUUUACACCUCAAACGCCACCAGGCAAAGCCCAAGAUCCUGACGCCGACUCGCCUCUCUUACUUCGACCUAUAGCGUACAGUGCCAGCUCGCCGGAUCUGUCAACUGCGGAUCUCGCCACGACACCGUUUUUGGAGGCUCGAACAUUCUCUCCUCUGAUCGAAAGCCCGAGGACUACGACAGUAGCAUCAAGUUCGCCACCGCAAUCUCGAAGUCAGAGCAUGCUUACUUCUCUGCCGGGUGAAAGGCCAGAUUCUUCAACUGUUCCCCCGAGACCUAUGCGUCCUAUCGAUUCACAAAUCUCGCCAACCUUACCUAAGUUUAGCCCUCUUAUCGCCCGCCAUGGCCCUGGAAAGUCAGUGCACACUGUGUCAUUGGAGAAAGCGAAAGAAGCAAUGCAUGCACCUGGCGCCGUCCGUCUCUUGCCAGAAGAGCUACGAGCACAAGCAUUGACGAAAGUCAAAUCUCAAGGGCACAUGCGGCUCGAAAGCAUCGACAUUCUCGGUGGAGCUGAGAAGACACCGCUACCUCCUCCACUGCCAACUAUGGUCGAUCGGCAAGGUCGUGAGAGAGCAUUACGUACACCGCCCGAGAUUCCCUCGCGAGACUUUCUUUUCCCAAGUCCAAGCUUACCCAUGACAAUUGCCGCCUAUAAUUCGUUCCCUGUGGGUACUGGGCCGGUGAGGGAAAUGGCCCCGCCGCUGGCGAGUAGUUCCACCGACUCAAGGAUAACGUGGUGGCAACUUUCCCAAGAUGAAACAGAUGAGCCAAGAGGACGGACAGUGGAGAGGAGGUCUUACGAGCGGAAUUCGAGAUCGAGCCCAAACCCGCUCGCGAAGAAUGCCCUGUCGCAGGAUGGACCACAGGUUUUGGCGCAAGAAUACCACUCCUUGCUGGGUCAACAGCAGUACAGACAAGCAUCUGAGUCUCCAGGCUGCAGCUCAGAUGAGAGCGUUCGCAAGCACAUGAAGAUGGUACCUCAGCCCCUUUUUCAAACCAAGCAGCCACCCCCGUCGAGAGAGUCAGGCAGCUCGCGAGGGAGCAACUCUUCGGUCUCACCGUUCAACAUCCACGAGAGAGUCCGAAGUGACGGCAGCGCAUCCUCAGAAAACCGAUCGACCGGAUUCGGUCUACGUCUAUCUGUCGAGACAAACGAAAUGAAAAGUCGGCACAGCAGCACAACGGGCAUGAUCCCCAUCUCACCACCCACAGACAUCGACAUGAAACGCCCGAAGCCAGCUCACAUCGACACCGACAGAUGGCACCCAAACCCACGCAUCAAGAAGAACCACAGCAGAGAAAACAGCCGCGAAUCAUCCUUCUAUCCCCACAUCAUGCGCCGCAAAAGCUCCAAGAAACAAGACAACACUGAACCUCUCCCUCCAAUCCCCGGCAAACCCCUCCUCGCCGCCGAAGUCAUCGCCCUGAAACUAAAAACCCCCGAAUCCACACCCGAUACUUCGCCCAUGAGUCCCAUCAUCGCCACAGCCACAGCCUCGAGGAAACCUUCCAGCGCGGGUGGUGUAUCAUCAGAGAAAGAACACAAGACCUUCUUCCAGCGCUUCGGGCCCGCCAAAUCGCGCAGGAGAUCCUCUACUCUAUCCUCCUCGACCAAUAAACCCUCCCCAAUAUCCCCGCAUCUCUUCCCUAGUCCCGUCAAACCCUCCCCAACGACGACGACAACGACAACAACGCAUCUAGGCUGGAGCGACACCUCCAAGCGAACUUUCGACGAAGCGCGCUCGCCGACGAGUCUCCACUCUUCUCGGGUGACGUAUAUCCCCACCCCGCAGAGACCUCGACUGGGAUUAGAGCCGGAGAGUCACUCGGCGCGGGGGACGGGGUUGUUUGGGAGUGUGUUGGAGGGGUGGAGGGAGGGGAAGAGGGAGCGGAGGAGGGAGGAUUUGAAGAGGUUGAUUAGGGUGGUCUCCAAACAUCCCUCACGCUUGCUUGACCGUACCGAUCUGCGACUCAAAGACACCAUACGACGCAAUACCCACAUCCAACCACCUUCGAAAAUGGUCAACUCCGCCCUAGCAACCGGCUCCGCCGCAAUUCUCUUCGGCAUGGAGAGAAUCCGCAAAGACGCCUCCACCGCCGACUUCACGCUGCAGUCCUCGUCUAGCAGCAAGACCCACAAAGUCCACAAGCUAACGUCCAUCCCGACGUCACGAGCCACCCUCCGUAGCGAGCCAAACGCAAGGUACUUUGAACUGAUAAGACUAUCGAGCUCUUACUAA